CGUGAGAUUUUCGGUCUUUUCUGUGUCUCUUACUUUAAAACCCUUAUGACGGCAUCACUAUGUCGCUCGCAGAUACACAGAUGAGAUGUUUAGAAAUUGAUAUCCUCCGUGACCAGAGAAAACCAGACGAAGAUCAACAAUACAGAGAACUGUUCAAAUACAUUCUUGAUGGGAAACAUGAAAAUGUUUUGAGGCAUUCCAUUGCUGAAAGAAUUUUGAAGAAAAACCAAGACAACAAGAAUUGCAUUGAAACCAUCUUAAAAGAAAAUGUUGAAAACUUUUUUAUUGAUUCUACAGAAGAUGACAGAUUUGCAUGUGAGUUGGAACUACUCUGUGUGGCCAUAUCCUGCCUACAGUUAUUUGUGCAAGGUAACUGGACUGGACCUCCUCUGCAGUCUAUACCAUCGGACCAUCUUCCUCAGAUUUUCUCUGCCCCACAACAGUUGAAAAAACUACACAACUACGUGCUAGAGGAACUGUCUAUGGAUGGGGAGCCUGUCUAUGACAAAUGUCUCCGUAUUGAACUGUUGUUUAUGGCUCGAUUUCUCUUGCUUGAAUGCAGGGAAAAUUUUAAAAACCUACAGACAGCAGACUGGUGGCUGUUGAGAUGUAUAUCUGUACAGCAGCAGGUGCUGGAUGAUAGAUCUCCAACACUUAAGGAAACAACAUUAGAUCUACUUGACAAAGUCUCCAAACUGGAACCACUACUUACAGAUGAUAAAAACAGAGAUCUUAUCAUACAAUUCAGGCUGGAAGCUGGAUACAACACCAUGUUUUACUAUGAGUACAGCAUGGCUCAUGAACAUUUUAUGUCGGCCAAAAAAACAGCAGGUUUAUCUGUGGAAUUAUCAGGUGCCAUGGGGAAAAGGACCAGAUUUCAGGAAGAGGCUAAGGCUCAGUUGGUGCUGAAAGUCCAGAAGGACAUAUCACAGGCUUCGCCGCAUGGAAAGGAGUUAAUACCAUCCAGAGACAAUAUGGUCUUACCAAAAGACCUACUCUUAGGUGAUGACACAGUGCUGGAGGCCAUCAAGUUUGAGGAGGAAGGGCACUUUGCUGACACUAUUUCACCAAUAGACCAAGCUGUUGUGGUGGGGCUAAUGGAAAACUACAGACGGAGCAGAGCCAGCUAUGAAAGAUUGACAGAAUUAGAGUUAGAGACUUACAUAUCGUGUGUGCUUGCCCAAGUGAGCUGCUGGUCAACAUCUGUCCACUGUCUGGUCUUGAGGUCAGUCUUACAGAAGCGAAGUAGUCGUCAUGUAGAGAGAUCCAUGAUGCAGAUUGAAGAGAUAGUAAACCAGAUCUUACGUCCUGAACCUGCGGCCCAGCACAGACUCCAUCUGUUUUACUGUCAUAGAAUUUUAUCAUCAUGGAUGAUCAAGAAAGAACUAGCAGAACUGUUUUUGAGUCUGGGAGCUGUAGGGUCUGCUCUGGAUGUAUACGAACAGCUUCAGAUGUGGGAUCAUGCCAUUUCUUGUUACAAACGUCUCGGCAAAAUGGAAAAGGCUGAGACUCUGAUCCGGGAACAGUUAGCAAUUAAGGAAACACCAAGUCUGUGGUGUUUCCUUGGUGAUGUUACAAGGGACACAAUUCACUAUGAGAAAGCAUGGGAAAUGUCCAAUCACCGAAGUGCACGGGCCAUGAGGUGUCUGGCAUAUCAUUACUUCGCUCAUGAAGAUUACGAGAAGAGUUUGGAUUGUUUUGAAAAGUCACUGAAAAUCAACUCUCUACAGGUGCCUGUUUGGUUUACCUGUGGAUGUACUGCUCUGUCAGCAAAGCAGUAUAAAAAAGCUGUACAUGCCUUCAAGAUGUGUAUCAACAUUGAUUAUGAUAACUUUGAGGCGUGGAACAAUAUGGCAACAGCGUACAUCCAGCUGAGAGAAAAGGAAAAGGCCCUGAAAGUUUUGAAUGAAGCUAUCAAGUACAAUUAUGAGAACUGGAAGUUAUGGGAGAAUGUCCUCAUAGUGGCGACAGAUUGUGCUGAUGUGGGGAAAGCUAUUCAGGCUUAUAAUAGAAUCCUUGAUAUAAAAGACAAAUGGGGAGAUGGUCAGGUUCUGAGUACUUUGGUCCUUGCCGUGACUGGAAACUAUUCAGAUAUUGAUGGACAGCCAGCUUCCAUACACAUACCCAAGCUACUGACUCUGUUUGGUAGAACUACUUCUAAGGUUUCUAACAAUGCUGAGAUCUGGAAAGCUUACGCCAAACUGACAGCAUUCAGCAUGGAAGGGAAAGAAGAGAAACAUGAAGUGGUAUUACAGCACCUCCAGAAGGCCUACAGGUGUGUGACCCAGGACCCAAAGUGGGAACAAAACACUGACAAGUGUAAAGAGAUUGCUGACCAGGCACUAGAACUGGCACAAAGAUAUGAAGAAUGUAGCAGCAAAGCACAGAACUCCACUAAAGCUGUUCAAAUGUUGUCCUCAGCAAAACUCAUGGUCAAAGGAGUCCUGACAAAAAUCAAGAAACAACAUACAGACGAGAUAUCUGAAGUACUAGAUGAUGCAAUAGUGGAACACUGCACCAAAUUGGAAGUUAAACUACAAGAAAUAAUUUCCAAAAUUACAGAACUGAAAGGAAGUUGAUCUGGCUAAUAAAGAACCUUGAAUACCAACUAUAGAAGCAAA